CAGAGGCAAUGGUAGGAGCAGAAUCUGUAGACGCCGAAACGGCCCAGCCGCCGACAACGUCUUUCGGCAUGUUUAUCUUUUCAUCGCUUACUUUACGCUCUUAAUUUAGUGGCGGAAAAGUUGAAUCGUGGGAGCUUUUUCUGCCGCUGUUGACGCCGACUGCGCAAGAUUCGAGACCAUACUAUUAUCUUUUGCGGUGAAUAAAGACGGCGGCAUCGGGAUUUCUUGAAAUGAAGCCCGGAGACAGCCAGCUGGUCGAAGCUGUUCGUAAGCGGGAGGCACUUUGGAAUGUGCGGCAGGCAGCAUAUCACCAGCGCAAGCACAAGCUGCGGCUAUGGGCGGAGGUGGCGGCAGAGACCGGACGAAAUGUUGCUGAUGUAAAGUCAAGAUGGAAGUCCAUCCGGGACUAUUUUAUGAAGUGUCGGCAGGCCCCGCCGAGCGGCUCUGCUGCCAGCUCGACCACCGACGGCGCCACGCAGAGGGAGCUGAGUUUCCUCAAUGAUUCUGUCAAGCCAAAGCCCGUGACAACAAACCUGACGGCGCCACAUGCUGAUCCUGAUCCCUUAUCGCUUGUAGAGGAUCCUCACUUGGAGAACCCUGACAUAGAAGAAGAACACUCUGGUGAUCCAUGGCUCGUAUUCUCGGAAGUGGACGACGAUUGGGAGCAGGACUCCGCACCCCGCGCGCCGCCUGCUGGCCCGCAGAGGGCCUCUACACCUCGGGAGCCAUCUGCUGAUCGCCCGCAGCAGGCCUCCGCACCCCGCACGCCGCCUGCUGAUCGCGCGCAGGAGGCAUCUGCUCCUCGGGCGCCGACCGCUGGUCGCCCGCAGCAGGCCUCGGCACCCCGCACGCCGCCUGCUGAUCGCGCGCAGGAGGCAUCUGCUCCUCGGGCGCCGACCGCUGGUCGCCCGCAGCAGGCCUCCGCACCCCGCACGCCGCCUGCUGAUCGCGCGCAGGAGGCCUCUGCUCCUCGGGAGCCGACCGCUGACCGACCAGAGCAGGGCGAAGUCCAGCCCCAGAGGCCUCGCCGGCGUGCCCGUCGGGUGGCUGCCGACGAAGGGACCAGGGAGAUCCUGCAGCGGGCGAUUGAGCAGGUGCAGCAAGCCGUCGAGAGGCUAGAGGACGAUGAUGCCAUCUUUGGACAUUUGGUGGGUCAGGAUAUCAGGCAAGUGGCAACUAGAAAGAAGUCCCUUCUUAAAAUCCAAAUCAUGCAGCUGAUCCACGCUGCGGCAUAUGAGGAAUGAUAUCCAGUCCUGCAACAGCUACAGGGCCCGGCAUUUGUUUUGCUUUAAAUCAAUGCUGUUUUUAAUGUGUUAUAGAAUCGCUAGGCUUAUGUUUGAUAAUGUAAGCAAGCGCUUUUCUCAGGCUCAUUGUUAAUAAGAUAAUGAUAAGAAUCAGUAGCCUUAUAAUAAAGCUCAAUGUAUUGCCGAAUAUAAUUAAACCAGAAUGAGACGACAGUUUCGGGCGUAGCCCAUUAUCAAGUCUGACAAUUCCGGAUUUGAAAUUUCAAAUCCGGAAUUGUCAGACUUGAUAAUGGGCUACGCCCGAAACUGUCGUCUCAUUCUGGUUUAAUUAUAUUCGGCAAUACAUUGAACUUUAUUAUAAGGCUACGGCUUUUCAUCAUUAUCUUUGGUUAUAGAAUUGCCGUAAUUAUUUAUUUGCACAUCAAUUUUGUACUUGUGUUGAUUCCAAUUCAUUACCGUUCAAAUUCAUUACACGCAUUGUGGUUGUAUCUGAUCACGCGUGGUUGUAUCUGAUUAUUUUUUGCAUAUUUCGUCAUGUCUUUUGCAUGCUUUACAUUUGUUUUAUUCGGUUUGAUCUUUGUAACGUAAUAAAUGUGGGCGAUUAAAAUAAACGUCUUGCAUUGGAA